UGUGAGUAAGAAAGAUCGAGCUUCUUUCCUUGUUCAGUGGUUACAGAGAGUGUGGGGGAGGGAGAAAAGCGAAGAAAAGAGAUUGAAAGGGGGCUAAAACAACACAGAAAAAACAGUCACCCCACAAACCCUAAGGAAUUAACAGUAAAAGAGCGUACGCAUAGCGAAUGUGGAGGGCUCGCAUGCAUUCAUUCAUUGCUGGAGUUCUGUGAAAGCGAAAAAUUGUUAGACAGCGCAGCCCAGUAGAAGAAAAUAAAGUCAAAGGAAUCUGGGCAAUGUGAGGAAUGCUGCUGAGAGAGGCAGAGACGAUUGCUAGUGAGGGAGAGCUGGUGUUUGGAUAGCCUGUCCAGUUGGCCGCUGUGAAAAAUUAUAUAACCGGUGUGUUCAGGAGUGAUGUAAGAAGGCAUUGGGCGUAUCUCUGACGUGCUUCUGACGUGCUUCUGUAAAAUGUAGUAUCAUGUACCGGUGUGAACGUUAACACAGAACUACCCGCUCCGCUGCUCAGGAAAGCCAGCAGAGAGAGAGAGGGAGAGAAAGGGAAAGGGAGAAGAAGCUGAAGUAGCUAAAGGAGUUAUUCAGUGACGAGAGCAUUGAGGGAUUCUUCGAGCAAGUCUGUAAGUAAAUGAAUUCGGUUCACAGUUUGCUUCCCUCUGAAGUGAAAAAAGAAGAACAAACCUAUUUUAAAGUGUAUUUAAAACAAAACUGAAAAAAAACACCGCUUCUGCUCUGGACCUGUGGAAGUGUCACCAGCCUGGAACAGCACCAUGUGUCAUGUGAUUGUAACUUGCCGCUCAAUGCUGUGGACUCUGAUGAGCAUCGUGGUGGCCUUUGCUGAACUGAUUGCCUUCAUGAGCGCAGACUGGCUAAUCGGGCGAGCCAAGCCCCUUGUGAACGACAUCAAGACCAGCGCUGAGCCCUACCGGCCCACCUUGGGCAUCUACGGGCGCUGCAUCAAAGUAGCCAACCUGAGGAGCAUAACCCUCUGCGGCCCGUACGCCGAGAACUUCUGGGAGAUUGCCAGUGGGUUCUGGCAAGCCACUACCAUUUUCUUGGCAGCCGGACUCUUGCUGCUCUGCACUGUGGCUUUUAUUUCUAUCUUUACAAUGUGCUUUCAGAGCAUCAUGAAGAAAAGUAUUUUUAACGUCUGUGGAUUACUACAGGGAAUUGCAGGUCUUUUCUUGAUCCUGGGCCUGAUGUUGUACCCGGCUGGCUGGGGCUCCCAGAAGGUGCAAGAUUACUGCGGCCACGACGCGUCUCCAUACAAGGUGGGGGAGUGCUCGCUGGGCUGGGCCUUCUACACAGCCAUCGGGGGCACUGUGCUCACCUUCAUCUGUGCCGUGCUGUCCGCACAGGCUGAGAUCGCCACGUCAAGCGACAGAGUGCAGGAGGAGAUCGAGGAGGGCAAGAGCCUCAUCUGCCUGCUGUGAGAGUGCUAGGGAGCCCUCCUCCUCCUCCUCCUCCAUGCCUGGGAAUAUAGGAUCCUUCCCAAGGAACACUCCUCCUCCUCCUACUCCUCCUUGCUUGGGAAUACAGGAUCUUUCCCAAAGAGCACUCCUCCUCUUCCUCCUCCUCCUCCAUCCAUCCUCCUUCUCACCUCGGAAUACACGAUCCUUCACGAGGAACACUCCUCCUCCUCACCUGGAAUACAGACUCUUUCCAUCAUCUCUGCUCAGUGUAGAAAGGGAGCACAACAUUGUUUACCACUAAGACUGACAGCAUGUGGUCCUUAGGCUGCCGUGGCCUUGUUGUUUUUUAGUUUAAUAAUCGUCGUUGUAAGCAGCAUCAGAAAAAAAAAGACUCGCCCUGUGUCAAUCCAUUGUGCCAAUCUUGUGCCACAACGAGACAACAUGACUUGUAUAUACCUUGUAAAUAAUGUACAGAACGUGUUGCAUAACAGACUGAUGUUGAAUUUGUUGAAACUGGGAUGACUGUUUUCAGUCUCAUUAAUUUUUUUAUUUUAAUCUAAAAAACCAGCAGUUUUGUACAUGUUUUCCCUUGCUAAUAGAAUCAUUGUAUUCUCAAACCACUAUGUGCAUAAAAACAAAACUUUGGUAACAACUUCAGUGCCCAGCAUUGUGCUCAAAAAUACCUUUUCACAGUUUUUUAUUCUUUUCCUUUAUGUGCACAGUACUACCAACUGGGAUCAGUCAAUAUACUGGGGCAGCUAGUGAAGUUGGCUGUUGGAUUACCAGUACAAGGUGCUUUGCUGGAGCAAAAGCACAUGAUUGAAAUAUAUUCGUUAUCCCUCAACAGCCCUACCUUGGCCUGAAAUCCACUCCUUGGGAUCUGAAUGUAAAAGAUGCUCUGUGCAGGUUCCAAACCAUUCUGUGAAGCAUGGUUCUUCAGAGAGGACCACGCGUCCAGAGCAUAAAGGACAAUACCAGAUAGCGGUGCCAACAGCUACUUCAAAUAGCCUCUGUCUUCAAAUUCUUGCAGGAUCAAAUAUCUUUUUCCCACAUGCCAGAGCUUCCAAAGUUAAAAACAAAAACUAAAACCUAUAUUUCAGCCCCCACCCUACCCUCUGGGAUGCCCCGGUGCCAGCUGCUGUCACUCCCCACACCAGCCAGGUGACCUGGCCAGGGCUGCCUUCUCUUACACAGGGAUGUGUUUUCCAUCAUUAACUAACUACAGGCUUGGAUUGUAGUUUCCUGGGCAGUCUGCAGCUUGGGGUAGCUAAUGCCAGAAACAAUAGUGCUCUCAAUAAUGUUCUCCCAGAACAAACACCUGGGACUGGCUCAAGCAGUCAUUGUUCUGAGUCCUUCAAGCCAGGGUGUGCUGUUAUCAAUGACUGAAUAAGCAGACGUUUUCUGUUUAUUUUGAAUAAGAAGUGCACAGAUGCAUGAGUUUAAGCUGGAGUGGUGUAUAUCUGAGAAAAAAAAGAAGAAAUCUAAAAGGUACUGUAACAAUAUCUGUUUUAUGGAAAUCUUGACUAGAUUCUGUGGGAAAGCAAUUGCAUGGGCCAGUCCCUGUGUUCAGAGGCUGUGUUGUGUAGAGAUACAAGCAGGUUUCCACACUCUUAAUCAACAGUGUCAACAGAUUUGUUCACCUCACACCCACCUUUACAACAGCUGGUAAACUGCAGAAACCUCCCUCAUAAUUCACUGAAGCAAACGGCAGCUUGUGAUUCCAGCGCACGUAGUUCAGUGCUCUACAGAGUGCUAUUGGACCUGGCUGUAUCAUUUUUUAUUAUUUCCAGAAAGAUGGCUCCGUUCUAAGUGGGUUACUUUUUCUUGUUAACAAGUUUGAGUUAUUAUAAUAAUAAAAACGAUGCCCCCACCUUCAAAGGAAAUUAAGUUAUGAGAGCCCAAUCAUCAACCAGCUAUUCAGUCUCAAUUUACUGGCUUUCAGUUGACAAUCGGCCACGCUUCAUUUACAAGGUCUCCGAAGUGCCUUGACAUCAGGACAGUGAAAACUGAAAGCAGGAUGGCUCACACGAACAGUAGAACCAUCUAAACAAAGGCCUACUGUGUUUUUUCCCACCAAAGGAAACUGGAAGGUGCAACUUUUUGGUUUAGAGUGACAUUAACAAUGUAAAGAAUGAAAGGGUGAGCACCUUGCUGAGUGAUCCUGCUGAUGUAAGCAGUCUUGUGAAGAGUUCUGCCGGGAAUGCCAGUGAAGCAGUGGCUGAGAGCCAAAGGCAGCUACAGUAGUAUCAUGUCUCAGCAAUGUCGGGUUUAUGAAACUGACCCUGCGAACUCGGUUCAGUCUCUAGGGGAGGAAAAAGAAUAUGUUCAGUACAAUAUUUCAUUUCAGCUUUUUAACAAACAGUGGAACUUUUAUGUUGAUUUCUUCGGCCAGGAAUGUCACUACCUUCUAAUUAAAAAAGAAAGCUGGUGUGCUUCUCAAACGAGACACAUUCUUUAGUUUGCUUUACCUUCACAUCUGUGUCCAUUUCAAUAAUGUCCUUGGCAAAAUAUAAAAUAACAGAAUUUCACUUUGGCAGAACAGUGAAAUCUAAUGUUGGUAUGUUUACAGAAGUUAAAAUAUAUAUGAAGCAGGUCCCUUCUACUAGCCAACAGCUUUUUUGAAUCCUUCAUUUCAAAUUGUGGGGAAAAUGGCAGAUGUUCUUGUAUAGUGACUGCAUGGGUUGAUUGUUUUGUUUGCCUGAUUGUAAGCAGGCUGCUGUUGAGCCUGUGUACCUACAUCAGAUACAUGUUGUAGGGUUAUUUCCCACCAGCUUUUCCAAUGUGUUCAAUGUCUGUGGUGGUGUUUUUUUUUUUUUAAAUGUAAUGUAUGUAUUGCAAAGUGCCAUAAUCUUUCCUGUAAAUGUAACCUAUUUAAAUAUAUAUAUGUGUAUACUCCUAAGUAUGUGAGAUAUGUGCAAUAUCAAAACAAAACAAGUGUGAAAAUGGACUUUUGUCCUUGUACUCCUUCCUCUGCCCUAGCAUGCCUUGAGUGAGUUUUAAAAUCACUACCUAUUUACAAUCAAACCGGAUGACUACCCAACAUUACUGCAGCUGGAAUCCAAUGUUUAUCCUGCGUUCUUCGCUCCAGUGAACGGAACAGAUACAUACAGUGCAUCACAGAAUGCACUGAAGAGAUCUGUGGCUGCUGAUGUCAGAGGCUAAUGCCUUAGUUUAACCCUUUAAUGACAACUUUUGACUUCACCAGACAUCCGCCAGAAGCCAAUAAUUACCCUGCUAAUGUGGUUUCUUCUUAGGAGAAUUCCUUUCUUUGGGAGCUCUGUGAUAAAUGUGGUGUUUGGAUGGAUAGCCCUGUAAGAAAGCUGCUCACAGUGCUGUCUAUUAUCACCUCUCUUUCAGCUCUGCAUAUACAGGCAUGGUGUGAGUGUGUGUGCUUGGAGCAAUGGGGCUACCUUCUGUAUUACAGCAGGAGUCCUAUGCUUUCUGAAGUCUCCCUCUACAUCAAUAACCAGGUCAUUCGGCAUGACAGCUGCAGUGCUAUCUCUACACACUUCCUUUUCCUGUUCCCAGCUCUCCCAUUCCAUUCCAUGUGCCUUUUAUGGAGAUUAUUAUUCAACCAGUGAUGUCUUAAAAAAAAAAAAAAACACCCAUUUUCAAACCCACAUGCUCAGCACUAUCAAAAAUUAAAAUUGGUUUUGUAGGGCAAUGUGUCGUUUCCAUUGUCAGUCUCCCUUUGUUUGUCAAAUCAUCGAAUUACUGCUGUUCUGUUUAUCAGGUGACCUGAGAGCUUACUGGAGGGAUGCUGGAGUUGUAUUGUAGAGGAAGACUCCUCUGAGUUUCCUUCCAGUUGACCAUGUGUUUGUAUGCUUCUGUAACAAGGGAAUUCAGCAGCAAUGCAUGCCAAGCUCUUAUGACAUUGAAAUGAGCGACGCCACUUUGAAAUAAUAAACCUGGUCUUGUUUAAA